AGGAAUAAACAAGCAAGUGAGCCGUUUCAGAGACAUAUAUCACUUACUACUACUACUACUACUAUUACUUAUCUUCAUUUGGUUAAUAUGUGCCACUGCCUUAUUAUAUUAAAGAGAGCAAGUGACAUUUGUAAUGGCUUACAAUCCCCUUGAGUGUGACGUUUGUUGCAAUGAGUUCAGCGACGACCAUUGCCCGAGGAUCCUUCCGUGUUCCCACACGCUAUGCGGUUGUUGUAUCGAUCAGAUCAUCUCCAAGCAAACGAAAGCCUGCCCUGUCUGCAAGGGCGCCUUCGCUGCAAUGUCAGCCGAAGACCUGUUAAUCAACAGGAACCUCCUCGAUGCCGCGAAGCAACUGUCUUCCGGGCACAAAGAACCCAAGGCUCCUUCGAGAGGACCAGCGUCUUCUUUUGAAGAGCUCAUUAAUGGUAUCAGGGUGAAUUUUACUCAGAAAUGCAUGGCUGACUACGAGGAGGCUGAGACUCUGGUGUUGAGCGCCAUUGAAAAGUUGAAAAGGAUGCAAGAUGACGCCCUUGAAAGCCAAAGAGGAACUGAGGGACUUAUCCACACGUUGCAAAAGUUGCAACUUUCAAACGAAAACAGUUUGAGCAACAUCGAUCAAAAUUCCAAAUUGCUGAGAGACAGACUCGACGUUAUACGACGGAAGAAGGCAAAGAUAGAGAAAUCUGAUGCUGAACUGAAAAAAACAACAGACUUUACUGCGGCUGGAGUCAUUAUGGAUGAAACCAAAGGGAUGGUAGAUGGAGCUCCGGAGGAGUUCAAAGAAAUCGAAGCGCUGCUUCAGCAGAACGAGAAAGAGAGAGAUGUUAUCAAGGAGAGUCUGAGCUCGAAAAUAAGGUUGGAAAAUGCCUCAGUGGAAUUGGGGAGAAGUGAAGACGACUCUUUUUUGAACAUCACGGUGAAUGUCCUCCGAAGUUUAUGUGGUCCGUUGAGGAGCGAUGCCCACAGGGAGGUCUUCGCUGUGAAGAUCUUCGAAGGGAAGCAACGGGUGGCUCGAGUCAAGAUUGGGUCCAAAAAUCAGGUCUCUUUCAAUCAUCUUGAGGAAGGAGAUGUGCCCCAAAAAAGCUAUGUCAUACAGCUUGAAUACCUGAUGAAAAUGUCCGCCCAAAGGGUAUUCCUGGACCUGGGUGUGGACGGGACACAUCUUGGAAGGAUAAUAAUCAAAGUAAAGGACGAAGGAAACUUGGCCCUCAACUUCCUCCAUUUGUGCGCGGGAGAUCUGGGAACCUCUUACGCCAACUCACAGGUCUUGGAUGUGGAGAGCAAGGGUGGGGAUGGUGAAAACAUUGAUAUGGGACAUUACAAGAUGCUGUUGUCGGGAGUGGAUUUCAAGGAGGAGACUAAGAGGGAUAUCUAUGAACAGACGUCAUGGAAGGCAGGAGACGUGAGAGUACACGUUCCAGACAAUGAAGACACUACUCCAGUUUUUUAUAUCGUCACCAGAGAUUAUCUUGAAACCCAAACUAUUGGUCACUGUGGAACAGUAGAAGAAGGACUUGGGGUACUGCGACGUGCCAUUUUGCAGUAUCCAGCCAUUCAGAAGAUAAAGAUUGUCGAAUGUGGACUAAUAUUGUCUCUGUAGCUUUCCUGUAGUGAACUUUGAUCUUGAUAUCAUUUUUUAUUAUUCAUCUGAGUCCUAAGUAGGUCCACAACAAAAAGCAGUUGUAAGUAUACU